UUCGACAAGCGCAGCUUCUUCCCUACGAACCCCUACACGUACGUGCUGAACAGGCUCAAGAACUACGACCUGGCCUACGCGCACCUGAUCGAGCCGCGUGGCUACCACGUGCGCAACCCGCUGGCACCCGAGAAGGGCUCGGCGCGGCAGUUCCGCGAGACGUACAAGGGCGUGCUCCUCGCCGCGUCGGGCUUCGACCGGCAGUCGGCCGUGCAGAUCGUGGAGGAGGGCGCGGCCGACGCCGUGGCCAUCGGCCGCCACUUCAUCUCGAACCCGGACCUGGUGCGGCGCUUCCAACUCAACAAGCCCGUGAACGACUACGACACGGACACGUUCUACCUCGGCGACGCGCGCGGGUAC